AUUCAGUGACCUAAGCAUUACUACUGUAUUGCAUUAUAGAAAAGAAAGAUAGUGGGGAAAUACAGAGCAUGAGGAAAAGUAUUGGUACUUAAUUAAGCACAGAGGCAAUGUCGCCUGAUGUAAAUGAUAGAGUAGAACAAUAUCAAAAGAGACAUUCUGAUAAUUUAUGUUAUAAGGAAGCAGCGCAAGAAAUGUACACCAAGCCAAUUGUGUGCUCUGCGGCGCUUCGCCUAAAUCUGUUCUUGGCCCGCUUUCUGGUAUCUAACGACUGGCUAUUCGUGGAGUUGGAAGGUGGGAAGGUCAGAAGUAAGUCGACAAUGGAGUAUCUUAUAGUGCGUUUGUAAAGAACGAGACAUUUUUCUUUGAAAAGACACGACAGUUUUAUUUACCCCUCAAAGGAAUAAUAAUUAUGGACUGCUUGCCAAAGCAGCCAAAAUUAUUUUGUGUGAAGAAGGCAGUUAUAGGUGCAUUUCACAUACGUAUGUAAAAAGAAUAUUUGUUUAAUUUCUGUGCGACAAUACAAUAUUAUGACAUUACGUGCUGGUGUUGGAAAAUGGCGUAAUAUUUGGCAUGAUGGUGAAGAAGUCAGCACUCUACAUAUUGAGAAGGAAAAGAAGUGCUCCAAAGUAACACAUUUCCUAGUGUCAAGUUAUACUCUCCAGAGCGAAGUCUAUGCAGGUCUCUCUGUUGCGGUAUUUUUGACAAGGAAGAAACACUUGAGAGCGUAAAUACAUAAUUCAUGUUCCCAGGCAUAAUGCAUCCAAUUUUUGUUUUUCAGGCUAUCUACAGUGAUCUCAUUCUAUGGCUGAUGAUGGUGGGCAAUCCACACCGUUACCGCGCAGCUCUACAGCAGCUGGAGAACAGACAUGCCACUGCAGGAUGUCUGUUGGCCUUGCUUUUCCUCAUUCCAUUAGCAGCACGACUGUACAGUAUGGUCACACUCCUCCUGUUGGUCCUAGUGUACGUGACACUUGUAGUACCAAUGGCAACAGGCUUCUACACAGCUGGCUCACUGUUUGCUAGAAUUAGGAAUGUAGCUGUAGUCACGUGGGACACAGAAAAUAUAUACCACAGUGCCAGAAAUGCAUUGGCCUUCAUAGUCUGCAUGCACAGGCUGUAUAUGCGUCUAGACAGCAUCCACACCACUACAAACCAGGUACUCUUCUUCCUUCUAGCAGAGAAGGUACUGUGUCCAGAUCAGCGCUUGGUAUGCCUGUAUUGCCUACUUUUCUACACUGUACUAGCCUACCUGCAGCGUUCACUGCAUACUCGUCACUGGUCACAGCUGCUACAUGAAAAUUCAACAACAGAUUUCAUCAAACUGACUACAGCAUUCAUCAUUGUCAGACUCGGCAAAGGCAUGGCCAUGAGCAUGGUUCUGCUGACAUUCACCUUGCAGUUCAAUCACCUGGAGCCCACAUACAGUUAUGUGGCCCUCACACUUGUAUACUUCAUCCUCUCUCAGUAUAAAGGAACAGCUGGAGAGGAGACAUUUAUCGUCUCUGCAGUGAGAAAUCUGGGGUUCCAGGUACUUGAAGGAUUUGAGGAGUUUUGGGUUCCUCUUGUCAUCUAUAGCAGCACAGUUGCACUCUCAGCUACACUCGUACUAGCAGCGAUAUGGCAGUUAAAUUACUGGAUCCUGUGUAUCAUUGUUGGGUACGCCAAUGUCUGCGCAUGUGGGCUGCAAGUAUUGGAUAAAUACUGGAGUCCUCUUGCAGCACAGCGAGCUGUAAUCGCACCCUUCCCACUGGCCACAUUGCAACAGAUGACAGAGCGAGGAGACACAGCCUGCCCAGUCUGUCUGGAUGACAUGCAUCUGUUCGCUGCCCGCAUUACCCCUUGUUCACAUAUCUUCCAUGGGCAGUGCCUUCGCAAGUGCAUCAUUCAGUUUGGACAAUGCCCACUCUGCAAGCAACCAUUAUGACAGGUCAGAUGACGCUGAUACGGAAGAUGAUGGCGGUGGAGGCGGCAGUGAUGCUGCUGAUGAUGACGAUGACAACUGUGAUGAUAACAAACUGCCGCUGCCACCUCCUCCCCCCCACCACGACCACCAUCACCACCAUUAUGAGUCUGAUGAAGACAACUGCAAAGGCUGUGUAUGAAAAAAGAUGUGGCUAAAACAAAGGCACGGUGAACACAUGGACCAAGCUCUGAUACAUUAUUGAUAUAACCAUCAAAUUCAGCUUUAUAUCAAGUUUUUGCUUAACUCAGUAUAUUUCAUCUAAGUCUUAGGCAUCUUUAAUGAUUUCAUCAUUUUAACAUUUUCUAGCAUAACUUUCCAUUAGAAAGAAGAAAACUGAAGAAUGUGUAAUUCCAGAUCACUAAUU